AUGAGAUAAAAAUCUCAAACUGUUCAUGAAGGAGGAUUGAAAAAAUUAUAAGCGGUAGAUUAUGAAAAAUGCAUAUAUAAUUGUUUAUUAAUCAAACAAAAAUUUAUAGGAAGAGGUCCAAGGUACAUUUAUUUGUUUAAGAAUCAAAUUUGUAUAGGAAAGUCUCCUUUUGUGUAGAUUCCUGAGCGUUAAUUCCAAAUCAAUUAGGAUAUGAGAAUAUAGUGGUCCUACAAGAAAAACCAAUUAAAAUCAGUAAUAUUUUAAGUAGGUGGAGAGCAAUUUGAAUAUUUUGGUACCAAUGAAUAACUAAGAGAACUUAAACAAAAAAUUGCUCUUUAUGUAUUUUAGGUCAAAAUAUAAGAUGAAUAUCAAGCUGAGUCAAUUUUAGGGAAGGGAUCAUACGCAACUGUUUUGGAAUUAUCGAGUUUAUAAUGUUAAAAACAAUAUGCAGCCAAAUGCAUAGAUUAAUAACGUAUCAAUGAAAAAAAAAAUGGAUAUAAACAAUUACUUUAGGAAAUAGAGACUAUGCGUAUUUUAUCGGAAAUCAAGCAUUAAAAUAUUCUAUAAUUGCAUGAACUCUAUAUAGGGAACCAAAAUUACUAUUUGGUAAUGGAGUUGGCCAAAGGAGGAUCACUGUUAUCAUUGAUGAAAAAGCGUUAAACACUGUUCAGUAGAUCUGAUAUUAGAAUAAUAAUGAAAUAAUUAUUAGAGGGUUUAGCGUUUAUUCACAGUCAUAACAUAAUGCAUAGAGACCUUAAGCCAGAAAAUAUUUUAUUCAUGAAUAAGGAUUUGGAAUCCUUGGUUAUAGCUGACUUCGGAUUAGCAUAAUCAGUAGAUUCCCAUCCAUACACAUAUCCGAAAUGUGGCACUCCAGGAUUUGUGGCUCCUGAAAUUUUAGAAUAGGAUUCAGAUUAAGCUAAAUACUCAGUUCUAUGUGAUAUUUUUAGUGCUGGAGUAAUCUUAUAUAUUCUAUUAAUAGGGGAACCUCUAUUUGAAAAGAAGGACAGGAAGGAAUAACUGGAAUUGAAUAGAAAAUGCGAUAUCAAUUUCAGUAAGUUUAGUCAUGAUUAAUUGAAUGAUAUUGAGAAAGAUCUUUUGAUUAAGAUGCUAUCUAGGAAUCCUGAAUUCAGAUGGUCGGCAAAUAGUUUAUUAAAACAUAAAUUUUUUGUUUCUGAUGAUUAAAUCGAGAGUGAAAUAGAUUUCUAUAAACUCAAUAAUAUGGCCAUUCUGAAGAAAUCCAUGAUGCCAACAUUUCUCAAAAAUCCAUUUAUGUAGAACAAUUGCAAGAAUCAGCCUACAACAAGAGAUAAAUCAAUAUCACUAAUCAAUAGAUAAAGAAAUUGCACUUUAGUAAUGCAAACUAAUUUGAGAUUUGAUAAAUCUUCAUAAGAAUAAUUGAACAUUGAUUAGGUAGUUGGUAUAGGCUCUUUUGGAUUGUUUAAAGAUGAGAUUAACUAAAAGAACUUUUGA